GGUGACGGUGAUACAUUGGGUGGUUUGUUUUGAUAUGCAAGUGUUGUUUGUGUACUGUAAAUGAAUUAUGACCACAUGGGAGUAAACAUUGUGAUAAACGGUUGAAAAGUACCAACACUUUGCUCUAUUUUGAAUAGGUCAGCGGCGAUAACCACUAUCUGCAGUAUUAUUACAUAGAAUUACAAAAUAUUUGUAAAGAUUUCCAAAAACCCAACGGAUGACAGCGUGAUUGUUACACAACAAAAGUGUAUAAAUAGACAAAACGAAACUUUUUGAUGUUAUUAGUAACUGUACCACCCGAAAUGAAAGCUACCUCAUUGUGUUUUGUGCUCCUUUUGUGUAUCGUGCAGGUACUUUCUGUGGAGUUCCCCGACGAACUGAUAGACAAUGCUACCCACGAAUGCAUGAAAGAACACAACGUCGAUAAGGAGAUGUUUUCUAAAUACUUCGAUGAUAAAUUUAGAAUGCAUGGCUUGGACGAAGUCGGAAAUAAGCUAAUGAAGUGUAUAUUUGAAAAGAGGAAAUAUUACUCUCCUGAUGGUGGGUUAAAUAAGGAAGUGAUAAUUAAGGAUCUUGUAAAGACGCUUAAAUUUGUCAUCAAAAAAGAAGGGACGGACUAUGAAGCGCUGGCCGAAAAAUUCUACGAAAAAUGUGAAGAAGUAAAGGAUGCCGAUCAAGGGGAACGCAUGAAAAAGUGGAAUAACUGCCUGGUGACAGAAAUUGAAAAGAUAAAAUAAGCAAUUAUAGUAAUAACAAUAACAAUGUAAUUAUAAAAUAAAUAAUAAAAAAAUAAAAAUAAAAUAAAAAACGAGUCACCCAUG